CUUUGAUCGUUUAUAGGCCAGUGUCGCUAACCAGCACGUCACACUCUCGGUCUAAGUGGGUGCUCUACUUCCGACUGGACUUUACCUUUUUCUACGUACAUAUAGGCAAGUGAUAAAACAAUGGCGUUAACAAUUAUGGACAUUUUACAAUGGGCGUUAAUCACACUGUAAGCCCCAAUGAAUUGUACUGGUGAACAAAAGCUUAGAAGAAGGCCAUAAUGACGCAAGCCUCGUUGGUUAUAAGGACGUCUAAUAGUAGCGUUUUACGCGAUGUCUGUCGGUGUGUCUUAAGAGACGUCUGCCUGUGUUCAAUAAACACUUGAAGGGACAACACCACCAGCAGCAUUCUAGUAGACAACCAACACCCGAAGACACCUCGGAGACACACUAGGGCUUCUCGCUCCCAGACCAGGCGACACAUCUCCCUCGCUUGUCCCUCAUAACUUUACGUGACAAGAUUGCCUGGGAGAUGUCAUCCCCUGACAAAUUGACGUCCACGGUCUGGCACAUCACCCCUCGUCCAUUCAACGGCAGGCGAAAUUUAUGCAAAUUGCGAGACUCCUCCUGAAAACGGUUGUGUGGACGCUACAUUUCGAUUCCAGAUACAGACGGUUGUUUCUGUAAAAAAUGUUUCGAGUUCCUAAAAAUCGGAGAAGGAGCACGGCAUCAAUAGCUUGGACCUUUCAUUAAUCAUAUGAAAGCCAAGUUAAUUACUUAUGUUUAGAGAAGUAAAGCUAAUUGCUGAAUCAAUACACCGAAGCGUGAUGUCGACAUUUAAAAAAAAGAGAUACUUCUGGCGUGAAAACGGGUCGCUAUCAGGUGGAGAUCAAUCCAUCAUGUCCGGUUAUCAAGACAAACUGCUUGGCAUACAACUUUCUGACCUUUGAUUUUAGCAUCAACAUCUAAAAAAAAGAAAUUAUAUAAAGUGGAGAAGAAGGAUAAUGUCAGAUGAGCUGGCCUGCGUGGAAAUAAUCGCAAGACACGCAUGCUUGGCACCUGACCUUAGAGCCAUUAAUCAUCUUUAUAUAUAAGGAAAAAUGUGUUUUGUAAGGUUCUAAAAAAUACAGGUCCGAAAAGAGACGAAACGAAUAAAAAAAUUAAAAAGAAACAAUUAUUUCUAAAAGAUGUAACGCUAAUACUUUUCAAAGGGGCUAAAACUAAAAUUAAGUUAUAUAUAUAUUAUAUAAUUAUAAUUGUCUAGAUUAGAUAGGCAGUAAUAGCUCAGUAAUCGUGUCAUGGCGUCCACUCUGGAUACGUGGGUCACGCCGUCAGAAUAUUCCGUUCCGGAUUUGGUCAUUCUGACCUACACCAAUGAAUCCACAUUUUUCGACCCCAACGAUUCAUCAUGGGACAACGAUACAUUUUUCGACUCAACCCAGGUGCCGCCUCUGCCUUGGUGGAUGUCCAGCUACCCCAGCGGCUACACCUGGCCCCAUAUCAUCAUCGGGGCGAUCAUCAUCACCAUCAUCAUCUUAAUGAUUAUAAUCGGCAAUUUCUUGGUCAUCUGGGCCAUCCUUCAUGACCGGACGUUGAAGACCACUCAGAAUCUCUUCAUCAUGUCCUUGGCGUUUGCAGACUUCUUCCUUGGGAUGAUCGUCAUUCCUUUCUCCUUGACCAACGAGCUAAUGGGCUAUUGGAUCUUCGGGGUUAUCUGGUGUGAGCUGUAUAAAGCUAUCGACAUCUUACUGUGCACGGCUUCUAUAAUGUCCCUGUGUUUAAUAUCGCUUGACCGGUACUGGUCGAUAACCAGAGCUGUCCACUACGCACGACAGCGCACCAGAAAACGUGCGGCCAUUAUGAUAUUCACUGUCUGGUUCAUUUCAGCCGUGGUCAGCAUUCCUCCGUUGAUCGGAUGGAAGCAGCCGACCCGUGAGUCGCAAUGGGCCAUGUGCACGCUUAGUGAGGAUAUUGGCUACGUCGUUUACUCUGCGUUCGGAUCCUUCUUCAUUCCGGCCUUCAUCAUGGUGUUCGUGUACUUCAAAAUAUACCAGGCAGCCAAGGAGAGGGCAAGGAAGAACGUGAUUAAAGCCCCUGCCACGAAAUCCUCGGAAAAGCCCGAACAGAAACAUUCCACAGAGUCCAGCGUCACGGAGCAUGCUGGUAACAAAGACUACUCCCAGGACAUGGACGAAGACAACAUGAGCAUCCCCCCGGACCCUCACGAGCAUCGCGGUCACGUGACGGACGACACAACGUGCGACACGGCUGCCGAAAAUGUACCUCCAACAACCUCUGAGGACGAAGCACAUAUGCAAGUAAGAAAAUCUCGAGAACCAGCCGCGAGUGCUUUACAGGAAGCCGAAUAUUCUAGACUUCUGUGUACUGAUUCGGAUUCAUGUGGGCCGUCGGAACGGGUUGUGUUAAAACUAAGCCCCGUUAAGCAUGAUAUCGAGCUGAUUCCUUCCAGCGAUUCGGCAAGUCAUAAGAACGUUCUGGUCACGUCGUCUAUGGAGACUCUAAACACCUACGAAGACCAUAGCAACGGUUCGCUUCGAAGGUUCAAAAUUCUAGAGCUUCGUGCCAACGGCAGCUCCUCUGUUACAAACGAUGGUAAGCCGGAUACUGUGAAGUCCACGGUGCUGGACACACUACGAAAGCGCCUUUUGGUGAGAGCGAGAAACAGCCGGAAGCGGAAACCAGCGCCUCCACGAACGGAAUGCGGGAAAACGGUGGACUUCCAAACUGCCGACAAGCAGAAAAGAAAACUAGCCAAAGCUCGCGAGCGCAGAGCCACAGUAGUCCUUGGACUUGUCAUGGCCGCCUUCAUCCUCUGCUGGCUUCCCUUUUUCGGGCUUUACUUGACCUCUGCGUUUUGUGCCGGCUGCUUUCCGGAAAUGGUUUUUACAGUUUUCUUCUGGAUCGGCUACUGCAACUCAGCCCUGAACCCGAUUAUAUACACGGUUUUCAAUAGGGACUUCCGGCGAGCCUUUCACAAGAUCCUUUUUGGACGAAAACGAGGUCGCCGGUGAAUUGUAAACACGCAAAAUUAAAUGAUUUGAACAAUUACCAAUGUUUUUAUGUAUAGCUUCUUUUCUCUUUUUGUUUCUUUAUGCAGACAUCACUUACCGCACCGUGGUAUUUGUAUAGAAGCACAGUCACUUUUUUGCUUUUUAACACUGAUUCUUUGACAUUUCUUUGCAAAAAUGACAAAAUGUAUAACUCUUUCAAUGCUGCUGACUUUGUUUCAUAUUAUUCUAUGUACGUAAAGAUGUGAUACGUGAAUACACUUGACGAGUUCAUGUUUAAACAUUUGCAGAAAAAGAUUAAGAGAGAAUAAGAAAAAGAAUGUAUAGCUAUCAUGAUUAAUAUAAUCUUAAUGCUAUAGAAAGAUGUAGUAAAGUUGUUGUUUUUUAAAUACGCAACAUGUCUAAACGUAAGGAAUGAGUCUAACUCAGCGGUUCUCAGCCUUUUAAGCUCGGCGACCCCUUUUUACAAUCCCCCACUCUGCCGCGA